CUAGGUACACCGCCGCGGUGUACGCAUCCACUUCGUUGAUCAAUGAAAUUGUAAUUAUGAAUGAAAGUGUGAGUUUCGCAAAUUUAAAAGUAAAAGUAAAGUCAAAGAAGACUGGGUAGUUUGUGUUGCUUCUUUGGUGGACAUUUCUGGCUAUCUCAGUGAGUUUAAUAUUUCUCCACAAAUUAAGAACAAAAAUGCCAUAUUUUUCAACAAUAAUGUAAUUCCUUUCAUUUUUAUUUCAAAAGAAACUUAUGACUUAUGCCAUUUGGUCAUUUGACUUUGACACUCAUUGACAGUGAUUUGGAAUCACUCAAACUCAAACUAGUAACUAGCUGUUGCAUUUUCAGUCUGUAAAUAUGUGACAAAAGUACAGCUUGAUCAAGUCCAUUUAUUGUCCUUCCAUAUGAUUAUCAUUGAUUAUGGUGAUAGGGCAGCUGCUGCCAGACAUGUUUUUGUCACAAUAAUCAAUCAAAAUCGCUUUUAAAUAUUUUUCUUAAAAGUAAAAACAAAUUAAAGAAAUCUAAAUUUUAGCUGUUUAUUUGAUGACAGCAAUAUCUGUCAAGGAAGAGGAUUUCACUUUACAUGUAAAUUACCACAAAAUCUGCUUAGAUUAAGAAUUUGCAAGACACCUGUGAUUUUAGUAUGGAUAGUUGAUCUCACAAUAUUAGACUCAGCUAUUUUUAAUAAGGCCUACAAGAACUACUAAGCAGCAAAAACCUCUCAAGAUGAUCAAAGAAGGCCAUAUGCACCAAUUUUACAAGACCAGUACCAGCAGUAGUAAUGUAUGCCAGUGAGACUUGGUCCCUUGCCAAAAAAGUUCAAAAGAACCUGCUCAAUACAUGGGAGAAGAAAAUCCUCCAAAAAAUAUACAGUCUAGUUAAAGACAAUGAUGGAUGGAGAAUUUUUACAAUGCAAGAGAUGUAUCAAUUUUUCGAAGACCCAUCCAUAUUUGCAGUAAUCAAAAGGGUCGGACUCACUGAAAAGUACACCUUGAGAGCAUGUCAGAUCAUAGAGCAGCAAAAGUAAUCUACAGGCAUAAACUUAGGGGCAGAUCGCUUACCGGUUGACCAAGACUGAGAUGGAUCGAUGAUGUAGAGAAGGACUUACAUCAGCUGGGGAUCUACGUAUGGAGACAGAAAGCCAUGGAUCUAUCCGAAUGGAAAGAUGUGGUGAAGCAGGACAGGAGCCUACAUGGGCUAUAGUGCCACUGAUGAUGAUAUUUGUAAUGAUUCAAGUUAAGCAGGUCAUUUAGAAGCUACAGCUUCCAACUUUAUGUAGGUUGGCUUGUCAACUUCCAACUUUAUGUAGGUUUGGCUUGUCAACUUCCAAGAACUUGUUUUGACAAAUUUCGUAUUUCUUUUACUACAGCAUUAACACCGAACUAAAUAAAUUUAAAAAUAAAAGUCAUUACAAAUGGAGCCAUUACAUAUACUGAUAGGAUGUACUGGAAGUGUUGCAUCUGUAAAGAUUCCCAUUCUCAUCAAUAGUCUUCAAGACACUGAAACCAAGGUGAAUUAUUUUACUUCUUGAAAAUGAUUAAUUAAUAUAACAUUUUUUGUGUGUUAGAUUUAAAAUCGGAUUUUCAAAAUAUUUUAGCUUUUCUGCAUAAGAGGGAUGAGAACAUUGUUCAAUUGAAGGAUACGUUUCUUACACAAAUAGUAGUUCUGCCACUUUAAAAAAAAAACUAUUUAUAUUUUAAAAGAAGAUCUCUCUACAAUGUUAUUAAAUAAAAAAAUGUAUCUUUCAAAAUUAAGCCAGAAAUCAAAGUGAUUGCUACAGAACAUGCGCAGCAUUUCUUUAAAAAACAAGAAUUGACUGUUCCUGUUUUCACCGAUGCUGAUGAAUGGGAGGUAAUUUAUUCAUUUUGAGCAACUACACAAUAAAUAUUAUAUAAGUUUUCACAUCUGUUAACAUCUUAAAUAUUAUGAAAAUUAUGUUUUUAAUUUAGUUUUUAAGGGGGGGGGGGGGGGGGGGAGUGUUUGGUAAUGUUUGACAGUUGUUGACAAGGGGGUUCUCUAUUAAAAAUUUAAAUCUUUAAAAUUGACUGGUUAUUAAAUUAUUUUAAAAAAUUUAUAAAUGUAAAUGAUUGUAAAUAGUCAUAUAAUUUUUAGGCUUUUAACAAUAUAAGAUUUAUUUAAUGUGUGUCUGUGCUCUGGAGAUGGCUGGUCAGAAUGUUAGCACACUUUGUUUGUGCAAGAGAAGUCAAAAGUUGGCCUCUCUUCAUCUGUAGAUUUUGUUGCAGGUAUGGAACAAGGACAAGGUUCAAGUUUCAUGUGCAGUCAAGAUAAAUGAUAUUGAUAGAGUAGGAAUACAUAUUUUGAGAAUUAGGUGAAUGUUAAGUGAGUAACAAAAAUGCAUCGUUGCUUGAACGGAUUCGCAAAAUCUGUAACAUCUAUUUUGCAUCACAAGUCAUGUUGAAAACUGAAAAAGCAUGUUCAACACAACCGACAAUGCCCUCUUGAGCAUAAGAAAUUAGCACCUGCUCCUCAACAAAAAAGGAUUCGACUGUGAGUAGCUGCAAGGAGAUAGAUAGAGCUUAUGGCAAUUAUUGCUCACACAGACAAUGCUUCUAUUUUAAGUGCUGAAUGGUUAGAGGAGGAUGAUGUUGACUUGUCUGGUAUAUCAGUGCCGCAAGAUUAAAAUUAUCAAUCAGCUGCUACAGACUAUGCCCAUCAGGGGUGUCAUUUCAUGUCAUUUUUUCAGAGGGGGGCAAAACCAAAACUUGGUCGGCUUGUUAAGUUAUGUAUUACUGUAGGCGCCACAGUACAUGGCAAUUUAAAUAAAACCUGCAAAAUUAGUGGGGGAGGGGGGGCGCGCUAAUUCCCCUGCCCCACCCAAAUGAUGUCCCUGAUGCCCAUUGUUACGAUAGAGCAAACCUGGCUACUCCUUGACAAGAUGAUAGCAGCUAGAAACUAUACUAGAAGCUUUACUGACAAUAAUCAUAUUUAUACUACAAACAAUGGUAAUCAGUCUUUAACAACCUUUCAAUUGAUUCUGCAUUGUAAAAUUUCAGUGUAAAAACUUUUUAACUCGAUUAACAAGCUCAAGAUUUAAUGAAUUGGUUUUUUUUCCUACAAUUUUAUUGGGGGGGGGGGGGGGGGGGGGGGUUUGUUAAAAAAUUGGUUUAAAAGUUGUUAGAUGUAUUUAAUGGACAACCCCUAAAGAAAAUCUUACCUGUAUGACACACAAUAUUUUAAUUUAUGGCUGUUUCACUCAAUAGAAACUUGUCUCAACCCUCUUUAUGAAUUACACAUCUUGUUUAGAUGUUUAAAUAAAUUAGAAUGGUGUCCUUUUUUUUAAAAUAGAUCUUCAUACAAAUUUUUUUAAAUGAACAUUGUUUAUAUUCUUAAUUACAUGAGCAUGCUAAAUUGAACAAUUUUAUGUUGUUAGUAAAUGUGUUCAUUUUUUUUAACCCAUGAUAUGUAUAUUUAAUUAUCAAUCACAUUCUUUUUUUGAAUUUUUUUUUUUACACUUUUCCCAUGUACACUUUUUUUCUGAUCACUAUUUAAAAUCUGUCUUAAGUAGUAAAAGUAAUAAACAAACAUUAUUAUGUAAUCUGUUAGACCUGGUCGUCUUUGCAAGAUCCUGUGUUGCAUAUAGAGUUGCGAAGGUGGGCAGAUGUUAUGUUAAUUGCACCCCUGGAUGCUAAUUCAUUGGCAAAAAUUGCUAAUGGUAUUUGUGAUAACUUACUGGUGAGUAUUUAAAAGGACCCGGUACUUUCUAAUUUUCAGCAUAUCAUUUCAUUUAUUUCUGUUAAAAAAAUAGAAUAUGACAAAGUAAUUUUGUAAAUUGAACCUUAAAGUUAAAGUGAAUUUUCCUAUUCAAUCUGAUGAAUGUAAUAUAGAAAAUACAUUAAUUAAUUUGAUCUGAAUCAUUGUAAAUGAUAAAUAUUUACAGAGCAUGUUAAUGUCAUUUUUUUCAAUAAUUUCAACUUAAUGAAGUUACUGGCAGUUGUUUAGUAAAGUUUAAUAAGACAUUAAUUUUUCUAACAUCUUAGACUUGUGUUGUGAGGGCAUGGGAUACACAGCGACCUCUUCUGUUUGCUCCAGCCAUGAAUACAUUUAUGUAUGAGCAUCCAAUAACAGCUACCCAUGUAGACGCACUUAAGAGAUUUGGGUAUCUUGAGAUACCAUGCAUCAGCAAGAAAUUAGCAUGUGGAGACACUGGUAGGUUCAACGGGGGUCAGAACUUUAUCAGCCAUUUACAGUUAGUGAGAUACAUUAAAUCAUCUUUGACAUUACCAGCUUUGCAGUUCGUUCGGCCAGGCAAUAGGAAUCAUUACUGAGAUCCUUCGCCUAUUUUUAGGGUGGAAGGCAAAGCUUUUGAUAUAUAAAACUUUUCAAGUCAAAGCUUUUUUAAAAAAAAUUACUCUAUUACUAUUUAAUGGGUGUUCAUAAUAGAGUGGUACGGUAUAGUGAGUGCAGUUUAUUAAAUUAAAGUUUAUGUAUCCAUUAAUAAUUUAAAUUGAUAUAAUUAAGGUUAUGGAGCAAUGGCUGAAGUGUCUACUCUAGUGUCAGCCCUUCAAAAAGCAAUUUUUCCCAAACCUGGAAACAGUCGUCCAACAGAUUCUUCCCAAUCAUGUGGUUUAUGAUCUUGAACAUUUCCUGACAACAUUACAAAUUGUGAAAUUUUUGAAAUUUUGUUUUAAAAUGUUUUUUUCUCUACUGCAAUAAUGUAUCUGAUUGAAGUUAUUUGUAUAUUGGCUUUUACAGUUAUUGUUUUUUAAUAUUUAUGAUUGUAAUAUAAAUUAUUAAAAUGAAAUGUAAAUAAUUGUGUCUCUUUAUGAAAUAAACCCCUAUGU